UAAUUUUAAAUAUUUAAAUCAAUUGAACAGUUUAUAUUUAUCAACCCUCGGUCAAGUAUCCGCAUCUUUAUAGACGUUGAAAGUCCCCAAUUAUCAAUUAAGUAUCGGUUGAGAGUUUAGUGAACCCAGCAGAUCCUGGUAUGGUUCCGGGCUGAAGCUAUACCAUAGUACCGUGACGUGAGAGGAUCAAUAUGAUAGCAUAUAAUAAACCGGCCCCGGGCAUAGCGGAACUAAUAUGUUAGCCCCGUUAUCCUAGGUUAAUAAUUCGGGAGGGACCGCCAAAAUAUGAACCAAGAUAAAUGGUAACCUGGCUCUUGGUUAACUGCAUGACAUCGCCCUACUUCGUUAUCGAAUCCAAAUCCGCAUACAUGGCAACAUGGCAACUUCGGUUUCUUCUUUAUCCCUAUCGUCUUCGCGCGUGCUCUCCUACGCCUUGACGCCAGUACCUUCUAGACCGGAAGCGCCUAUUGUCCUCCUCUCUAAUUCAUUAGCCGCGCCGUUUGCUACUUGGGAUCAUGUAGUUCCGGAGCUUACUUCUAGGGGCUUCGGCGUGUUGCGUUAUGAUCAUCCCGGCCACGGAGCUUCUUCCGUCCCGGUAGAUCUCUCCUCGACUACGUUGGAGACCAUGGCUGACGACGUUCGAGAACUUCUAAGCCACCUUUCUAUUUCGCGGGUGCACGCCUGGAUCGGCGUAAGUAUGGGUGCAGCGACUGGCAUAGUAUUCUCCGCGAAGUAUCCCGGCAUCAUCGGGAAGCUGGUGGUUUGCAAUACUAUUUCCUGCUCUCCGCUCAGAGCCGGAGAUACCGAUAUAUUUGACCCGAUGAUUAGGGAAGCUAGGGAAACGGGAUCCAUGGACGGGACUGUCCAAUCCGUUCUCGAACGCUGGUUCGGCCUUGCGUGGAUGAGUGCCAACCCGGAUGAGACGCGCCGCGUGCGACAAAUAAUGCUCACGACGAGCAUCGACGGCUUUGAAACUUGCUGCGCAGCUCUCCGCAGUGACACUUUUGAUCUAAUCCCGUUGGCCGAGAAGGCAGGCCAAGGAAUCGACAGUGCUCUAUUCGUAGUAGGGGAAAACGAUACAGAUCUACCUGAGCAUAUGCUCCAGCUAAAGGACGGCGUAGAGCGGGGACUAAAACAGAAAGAUUCGCAGGCUUCUAUUGGGUUUAAGGUCAUAAAAAAUGCCGGGCACGUUUCGUACAUCGAUGGAUACGAUCAGUUUAUUGCUGUUAUUACUGAGUUUUUACGACAGUAGCUGCGUAGCAAUAUGCCUCUAGCUUUGCACACAUCUUGCCUGGCUACCGAUUAGUCUAGAAAGAGAUUUGACAUGAAAGAAAACGUAAUAUAGUCGCAAGCUGUUACUUUUCUCUGUGGUCUAUUAUAUUACGGCCGUAAGAACCGCGCAUGGGAAUACGUAGCAUUACCGUUGAACAUCCACCGUUGGGUAGCUCUGUUCGAGAUACCACUAUCAUAUUAAGGCACGAUAUAUUAACGACAUUGAAAUAUUC